AUGGCGAUGGUGCCACUACUAAUAGAAUUUGAUGUGUCCAUAGUCUACAUUGCUGACAAAAACAAGCACAGAACAGCUCUGCACGUAGCAGCCAUUAAAAGCCAAGUAGACAUGGUGAAAGAGAUUGCUUCUCGUUGUCCAGAUUGUUGUGAACAAUUUGAUGGCAAAUGUUGGAAUGCUCUUCACUAUGCUGCGGCCAGUAAAAUUAAACUACGACUACGAGCAUUCAAAGAGUCUCUAGAAAUACCUGAACUUGCCAAGCUUAUAAUUGAAAAGGAUGAGAACGGAAACCCACCCUUGCUUCUGCUUGCUGCCAUCGAUCAGCAGCAGCCAAAUAUUAUCUUAGACUCAAUAAAAGCUGUUAGAAAUGAACAAGUUGGACCGUUUAUGCGCUUAAUGAAGGAAAAUAAGUGGAAGGAGAUUUCUUCCAUUAUUUACAGAGGAAAGGACGCUCGUUUAGUAGCAGCGACACUCAUAGCAACGGUCACAUUCGCUGCUGCAUUCACCGUAUCGGGUGGUUACAAGGGUGAACAAGGCCCUAAUGAAGGUACAGCAAUUCUAAUAAAAAAUGCAGCUUUUUCCGUAUUUACUAUCUCAGAUGCAAUAUCUCUCACAAUGAUUGCCAUGGGGACAAUGGUUCUCGCAUUCAUCACGGGUACUUUCGCAGUGCUAGCACCUUCUUUAGUGCUUGCCACGACCACCUGUUUGAUUGGCUUGUGCUUCUUCGUCAUUGGGUUUAUGUUGCUUAAGAAGACAAUAGAGAUAAAGGAAGAUCCUUGCCAUCACUUUGAUUAG